GUGACGAAAGCUGGGUGGGCUGAAGGGGUAGGACUGUCUCUUCCUCUCCACGCGGUGGACGAGACAGUCGGCCGACACACCUUGUGCUGAGUGAUGCCGGGGAAACUCCUUAGUGACGCGGAUUUGGAGUCAGACGCAGCCAUGGAGCAAGUGGAGAUACCGCGAAAGCAAAGUGAGAAGAAAGGUAGAAAAGAGAAGCCAAAAUCUACUAAGACUCAAGAGGCAGCAGAAGAAAAGGAAGAAACUAUUUCCCCCAAAGCUAAAAAAGUUAAAAAGAAAGCAGGGCCUUCUGAGGUUGACAUGAAUUCUCCUAAAUCCAAAAAGGCAAAAAAGAAAGAUGAGCCAUCUGAGGACGACAUUCUCUCUCCUAAAACCAAAAGUGUGAAAAAAACAAAGGAGCCCUUUGAAAAGCAAGUUGUUUCUCCUAAAACCAAAAAAGUAAUAAAAGAUAAGGAUCCUUCUGAAGAAGAAACAGGUGCUCCUAAGCCCAAGAAAAUGAAGAAAGAAAAGGAAAUGAAUGGAGAAAUUGGAGAGAAAAGCCCCAAACUGAAGAAUGGACUCCCUCAUUCCGGACCUGACUCUGACUCCAGUGAAGCUGCCAGUGAAGAAAGUAACAGUGAGUUAGAGCAGGAAAUACCUGUGGAACAGAAAGAAGGAGCUUUCUCUAAUUUUCCCAUAUCUGAAGAGACUAUUAAACUUCUCAAAGCCCGUGGGGUGACCUUCCUGUUUCCUAUACAAGCGAAGACAUUCCACCAUGUCUAUAGUGGGAAGGACUUAAUUGCACAGGCACGGACAGGAACUGGGAAGACAUUCUCCUUUGCCAUCCCUUUGAUUGAGAAACUUCAGAGAGAACUACAGGACCGGAAGAGAGGCCGUGCCCCUCAGGUACUGGUUCUCGCACCCACAAGGGAGUUAGCAAAUCAAGUAAGCAGAGACUUCAGUGACAUCACAAAGAAGCUGGCAGUGGCUUGUUUUUAUGGUGGGACUCCCUAUGGAGGUCAAAUUGAACGCAUGCGGAAUGGGAUUGAUAUCCUGGUGGGGACGCCAGGUCGUAUCAAAGACCACCUGCAGAAUGGCAAGCUAGAUCUCACCAAACUUAAGCAUGUUGUCCUGGAUGAAGUUGACCAGAUGUUGGACAUGGGGUUUGCUGAUCAAGUGGAAGAGAUUUUAAGUGUGGCAUACAAGAAAGAUUCAGAAGACAAUCCCCAAACAUUGCUUUUUUCUGCAACUUGCCCUCAUUGGGUAUAUAAUGUUGCUAAGAAAUACAUGAAAUCUACAUAUGAACAGGUGGACCUGAUUGGUAAAAAGACUCAGAAAACGGCAAUGACUGUGGAGCAUCUGGCUAUCAAGUGCCACUGGACUCAAAGGGCAGCAGUUAUUGGGGACGUGAUCCGAGUGUACAGUGGUUAUCAAAGACGCACUAUCAUCUUCUGUGAAACCAAGAAAGAAGCCCAGGAGUUGUCACAGAGUGUGUCCAUAAAGCUGGAUGCCCAGUCAUUGCACGGAGACAUUCCACAGAAGCAAAGAGAAAUCACCCUGAAAGGUUUUAGAAAUGGUGAUUUUGGAGUUUUGGUUGCAACCAAUGUUGCUGCACGUGGGUUAGACAUCCCUGAGGUUGAUCUGGUUAUACAAAGUUCUCCACCAAAGGAUGUGGAGUCCUACAUUCAUCGUUCUGGGCGCACGGGUAGAGCUGGAAGGACGGGAAUUUGCAUCUGCUUUUAUCAGCACAAAGAAGAGCAUCAGUUAGCACAAGUGGAGCAAAAAGCGGGAAUUAAAUUUAAACGAAUAGGUGUUCCUUCUGCAACCGAGAUAAUAAAAGCUUCCAGCAAAGACGCCAUCAGGCUUUUGGAUUCUGUGCCUCCCACUGCUAUUAGUCACUUCAAGCAGUCGGCUGAGAAGCUGAUAGAGGAGAAGGGAGCCGUGGAAGCCCUGGCGGCAGCACUGGCCCAUAUUUCUGGUGCCACCUCAGUAGACCAGCGCUCCUUGAUCAACUCGGAUGCGGGCUUUGUGACCAUGAUCUUGCGGUGCUCAAUUGAAAUGCAUAACAUUAGUUAUGCUUGGAAGGAACUUAAAGAGCAGCUGGGAGAGGAUAUUGAUUCCAAAGUGAAGGGAAUGGUCUUUCUCAAAGGGAAGCAGGGUGUUUGCUUUGAUGUCCCUACUGCGGCCGCAGCAGACGUGCAGGAAAAAUGGCAUGAUUCACGGCGCUGGCAGCUCUCUGUGGCCACGGAGCAGCCAGAGCUGGAAGGACCACGGGAAGGCAGUCGAGGCUUCAGGGGACAGCGAGACGGCAGUCGAGGCUUCAGGGGACGGCGGGAAGGCAACAGAGGCUCCAGGGGACAGCGGGAAGGCAACAGAGGCUCCAGGGGACAGCGAUCAGGAGGUGGCAACAAAAGUAACAGAUUCCAAAACAAAGGCCAGAAGCGGAGUUUCAGUAAAGCAUUUGGUCAGUAAUUUGAAGUAGAGAACUUAUCUGGCAAAAACAGAACUAUGUUUGGCAACAUUAUUUUUCAUACAAAGUGAAAAGCACAUUGUGUUUCCUUGCUGACCACUUGCCCAGUCCCCUUCUCUUCCAGAGAGACAAGUUUCAUCUAAAUUAUUUCAUCUGAUUAUUACCAUUUGUUACCUUAUUGCUACUUCUGUAUCAGGUUUUCCUUUUGAAAAGGUGUAUGGAUUCAUUACAUUUUUAUUCUAAUGUGUUGUCUGUACAUUACGAGAUAAAGUCAAGCGUGUGUUUGUCUAGACUUUUCAAGUUGACCUGACUGUGUACGUAAAUGUCUGUUAAUAGUGUCUUUCCCUAAAUGCCUGUGGGGAGUGCCAUAGUGUCUGGAGAGCACUUUGAGCAGUCAAGGCCGUCUUCUGUGUUUGGCAUUCCUCAGCCACCUGCCUAGCAGUUACCCGUGUGGUCCCAUAGCAUGUCUUCUGAGAGUUAAUACUGAACCAAGUUUUGAAGCAAGAUUUCAGAUUUAGCUGGGAUGUAACACAGUUUAUACCAGCAUAUGCUGCAGGUUUGGAGGAUAGUGAUACAUUUGAUAGGAGACAUUGUAAUGGUUAGCAAUCAUUAUGUGCAUUUUGAUACAUUUUUAGCUUCUCAAUAUUAAGAUGAUUCAUCCGUCAGUGAAUUCUUUACAGAUUUUAUAUAUCUAUCAAUAUAUAUGUAAAGAAGUAUUUUA